AUGAACGGCUCGCAGGCGGACGUCACAGCCCGGGCCGCCUGGCUGAGCUCCUGUUGCAACCAGUCGGGGGUGCUGCCGGAGCCCCCCGAGGGGCCGCGCGCCGUGCAGGCGGCGGUGCUGGGCGUGCUGUCGCUGCUCGUGCUCUGCGGGCUCCUGUUCCUGGGCGCCGGCCUCCUGCUCCGCGCCCAGGGUCUGACGGCGCUGCUGGCCCGAGAGCUGCGCGCGUCCCGGGAGGGAGAGCCCGGCGGCGCCAGCGGAGGCGAGGAUGACUCCUAAGGCGCGCCCGGCUGCGCUCGGGGGUCGCGGCCUCCCGGCGGCCCGCAGACUCCACGCCCGACUUCGAGGGAGCGGCCCCCAGCGCCAGACGGCUGCAGCGGGAAGCCCUCCGGCGAUGCUGGCGCGCGCACACAGAUUCCCGAGCCUUGCGUGGUCUGUCUCCCAGAGAGCUCUCAUUCCAGCGCACCGGCUGCACGGGGAACUCCUGCUACCUUUGAUCCAUGUGCGGUGCAGAUGACAGCCUGGGAGAAACCUGGAUUGUGCUGAGACCUCAACUUGGGAUCCUUGCACUCAGCUGCUGCCUCUGAUCUGCUCCAUCCAACCUCCUGAAGUGCUCAUGGUGUGGGUCUGGGAGGUCAGCGCUCCAGGAAUGAAUGGGCCCCCGGGGAACUGCUGUGUGUCCUGGACACUGAAGAGGCUACACCCCCAGGAUGCUCAGUGCCCGCAGAUGCUGACCAGCCCCCUGCCUGCUGGGCCCUGUCCCAUCUCUGAUGCAGGGUGGCCGUGGUCUGACAAGCCAGUGACUUGUCCCUGCUGAGGGCUGUGGGUCACUGUCCCCCAUCUGGAGGUCUUGGGUGCCCCAGCAAUGCCCCAUCACUGCCCUAUCUCUUCCUUUGGCUUGUUAUUAAAUAUGCUGGUAAUGCAA